AUGCGCCGCGAUUCCAACAUUUCAUCCAGACUACAGAACUUUUCGUCAACGGGACCAGCACUGCAUGAUCACUCCGAGUUCUACAACAGUAUUGACCGCUUCAAUUUGGACCUUUCUCUUCGAUCGAAUGCUGCAAAUAUGACGUUAACUGGUGCUGAAGGAGAAACUAAUGCUGACUUGAUUGGCGAUGAAUCUAGUGAUCACAUUAAUGUUUCACCGCCUUGUCGAUCCAGAGUUACUUUUCCUGCCAACAAUAAUGUAAAUUCUGCUGAUCCCACUACCUAUGCCGCUACCGUCACAAAUUGUGCCACUGCCUCCACUUCCAAAGCAACUAAUGACACCGCUGCUGCCCCCGUUAUCUACGCUACAAUGAAUACAACAAGCUCUGACACAAGUACAGCCACCACUUCCGUCGCCACCGCCCGUUCUGCCGCUACAAACAGCUCCGUCGCCACCACCCACUCUGUCGCCACCAUCAGCUCCGUUGCCGCCAAAAACCCCAAUGCCAUAACCAACUCUAGCUCGUCUCCACAUACUGUCAACAAUGGUAUCAAUGGUAUCAAUCAUCAAAACGUACCUAACGGUUUGCCUGCGGAUGAGCAACAGAACUGUCGUCUGCGUGUAGUAAACAGAAGCUAUCGUCGAGAAACAUCCGCUGAUAAUCUGAAAUCGUUCUAUGUAACUCCCUUCCAUGUUGAACAAAACGAAGAAGACGUCCUGGAAUACCUCCGAGAAACACUCAACGUUGGAGAAUCCACGCUGAGAUGCGUAAAACUAGUGCCGCGCAACAAGGACAUCAGUGAACUGUCGUUUGUUUCUUUUAAAGUGUCUGUGUCCGAUGAUUUGAUUUCAUUCAUCAAUGACAGAUUCUACUGGCCAGAAGGCGUUGAAAUCCCUCAAUAUCGCACACCACGCAUCACGGAACACCCCAGCGAUGUCACCGUCCCCAAAGGUGACCCCGUAACGCUAAACUGCCAAGCAGAGGGCAAACCUCCACCGCUCGUCCAAUGGUACAAAGAUGGUGACCUUGUCAAGCUGGACUCCAAUCAUGUGCAACUGCCGACGGGUUCGUUGUUUUUCCUGCGAACCCUCCACAGCAAGAAAGAACAGGAUGACGGCGUUUAUUGGUGCGAGGCCAGCAACAAAGCUGGAAAGGUUUACAGCAGAAACGCCACGUUGCAAGUGGCCGUGCUGAGGGACGACUUUCGGUUGGAACCUAAGAAUACGCGGGUGGCGGCAGGAGAGACGGCUUUGUUGGAGUGUGGCGCCCCUCGAGGGAACCCAGAACCCAGCAUAAGUUGGAAGAAGGACGACGUUCAGCUGGAUCUGGAUGAUUACCGGCUCAGUAAGGAUCUGGCGCGGAUCCGAAUUGUGGAUAGCGCGAACCUUCUGAUUAGCGACGCUCGGCCAGGGGAUGCUGGUCGCUAUCAGUGUGUCGCUCAGAACAUGGUAGGCUCACGGGAGAGCACCUACGCCAAGCUGACCGUUCAAGUUAAGCCAUACUUCAUUGGCAAACCAAGUGACCUCACCGUAUUGGAAGGAAACCGUGUGCAGUUCCAAUGUGACGUGGGAGGAGAUCCCUUUCCGCAGGUGUUGUGGAGCAAAGAAAACGGGCACAUUCCGGUCGGACGAGCGGAAAUACUGGAAGAAGAUCGUAGUUUGGUCAUCCGAAAUGCAACCCCGGACGACCGGGGUCAGUAUAUCUGCGAGGCUCACAACAGUGUCGGACAGAUCAGCGCCCGAGCGAAUUUGGCUGUCAACACUCCACCGAGUUUCGUCGUGCGGCCACAGGAUCAAAGGGUUGUGCCGAAUGGGGUGGCCACCUUCCGGUGCGGUGCCAGCGGAAGCCCCCCGCCGUCGGUGUUCUGGACCAAAGAGGGCUCGCAAACGCUCAUGUUUCCGAACAACUCGUACGGCAGUUUGCAAAUCUCCGGACAGGGGGCACUGCAGAUUCGCGGCGUCCAACGCGAGGACGAAGGAUAUUACGUGUGCUCGGCGCUGAGUGUGGCGGGGUCCGUCACCAGUCGGGUGUAUUUGCAGGUCACCUCAUCGCUGGACUCCAUCAUACCGCCUCUGCUGCAACUUGUCCCCACGAAUCAAUCCCUGCCGACCGGUUCAAGUGCCAUCCUACCGUGUCGCCUUGCACAGUCCUCCUCCGUCGGCCAAAGUAACUCGGUCGACGACGGUGGCCACAUCGUCUGGGAACGGAACGGUUUCGAGCUAUCGCCGGCAUCCUCAUCGCGGUUCACCCAACAGCCAGCCGGCUCCUUCAAGAUUGACGAUUUGCAAGUUCAGGACAGUGGCUGGUAUCGGUGCGUUGCACGAGUUGGACAAACGAUAGCAUCGUCCGCCUGGAGUGCAUACUUGACGGUCGAAGAUAAUCUCCCCACCUCGCAACAGCGCAUCUUCAACGGCGAGCUUCUCCCAGCAGCGCCCGGCUCGCCGAAAGCCCUCAACAUCACAAACAGUAACGUAACCCUGGCCUGGCCAAUUCGCAGCACCAGUGGCCCUCUGCUCACCUACACAAUCGAGCAGUACGGUCUGGACGAUUCCGACAACCUUCCUCCAACGUCCUCGCAAACGGCUGGCGGUUGGCAGAUUGCCCUUCGUCAACUGGCUGGCAACACUGCCACCGUCACUGGACUGCGACCGGAGACGUCCUACCUCUUCGUAGUCCGAGCGGAAAAUGCGUACGGCUGCUCGGGGCCAUCUGCCAUUUCGGUGCCGAUUCGCACGCUGUCAUCCGACGACCGGGUGACAGUGCCCGCCGAGAUGGAAAGCGCCCGGAACGUGCUGAGUGGAAAGAUUUUGGAACUGAUUGACAUUAUCCCGCUAUCAUCGACGUCGGUUCGACUGGAAUGGCUGUUGCACGUGAGCACUUCUGAGCAGUUCGUCGAAGGAUUUUAUGUUCGCUAUCGGGAACUGGACUCGCACUCGCAACGCUACUCAAUGCUUUCAAUACCAAACAACGAAAUCGAACAGCAUAUCAUUACCAACUUAGCCAAAUUUACCAAAUACGAGUUUUUCCUCACGCCAUACUUCAAAAACCUGGAAGGUCAACCAAGCAAUGCCCGAAUCGUACAAACUAUGGAAGACCUGCCGUCAAUCGCUCCGGGAGGCAUCCAAACCGGAAUGUUGAACUUGACGGCGGGUUGGGUGCGAUGGAGUCCUCCACCAAAGGAUCAACUCAAUGGAGUUCUGCAAGGUUAUAAAAUCCAAGUCAAGGCCGGAAAUAUUUCCAAAUUGCUAGCGCAGAUGACGCUGAAUGCGACCACGACUUCGGUAAUGCUCAAUAACCUGACAACCGGGUCGAGCUACAGUAUCCGAGUUGGCGCGUUCAACAGAGUAGGACUCGGUCCCUACUCCAAGCCGGUUCACCUAACGAUGGAUCCCUCGUUUGUGAUCGUUCCGCAGGGGGUUCACAACAGCUACAACGACUACGAAGACUUUCGGCAUCACAAUUUUCUGCACGAGACGUGGUUUAUGAUUUUCGUUGUGCUGUCUUUGUUCAUAAUAUUGCUGUUCACUGUCAUUGGUGGGGUGAUCUUCUUCAAGCGGCGUCAGGGCUUGGGUAAACCCGUGGUGACAGUCCCCAUCGGAGCCAGAAGUGACCUUCCCAAUCUAAGCGUUUCGAGGAAGGAUAAUGGGAUUUGGAUCGACCGCGGGUGGAGGACUUGCGAUACGGAUAAGGAUUCCGGGUUAAGUUCCAUAAAGCUGCUGGAGGGGAAUCAAUUAUAUCCGAAUCAAGCUUUGUCCGAUGGAGGCACAGAUUAUGCAGAGGUAGAUCCGAGGGGCGUGACCUCGUUCUACAACUGCCGAAAGUCUCCGGAAAGUCCGACUCCGUACGCUACGACCAUGAUCAUCAAUGGUAUUCCACAUAGCGAAAACGGUGACCUGAGCUAUCAAGGUCACGACACUUUUUCAUCCACGUCUUCCAGUUUUCGAUCAUUCUACGGAUACCCAAGACCAGUUGUUAACAGCAAUCAAGUUCCACCGAACUGGGUCGACUAUCUUCCUCCGCCGCCGGAGCAUCCGCCACCGGCUCAUCAACCGCUGGAUAUCAACCAGCUGAACCACGUCUACCCGUCUGAAUUGGUGGGAACCAUGUCCAGCUCGCAGGCCAGUUCCUACUGUUCGCGACGCACCAGUGGCUACAAGUGAGACCUGGCCCCGCAUCGCACCCACAAUCACUACCUGAUCAGUCCAACGGAUGCCUUCCCGCCGAGCCAUUUCUUCUACUAGCGAUCGCCACCAGAGGGCGAGGAGGGCUUCCGGCAGCGAUCAACAGAUGUUAACGACACUUACUUUUGCGGCAGAUUUCAAUCGAAUUGAAAGAAAAACGGAACCAUCACCACCGACAGCUGGGGGGAACAACGGCCUGCACGACAACCAACAAUACGAGAUCCCCAGAAAUGUUCCGCCGAAGACAGUUAACAUCGCCGACAAUUACGGGCUGGAAGCAGUUGAGCCCUUAUGGUUACCAGCAGGCACAUUCUCCGGAUUGAGCAUUCCCGCUCUAGAAAAUGGGAACGAUUUUUGCGAUGAAACCGUGCCGCUGGAUGAGCAAAUCCACUUUCAAAGUGUAAAAAGUUCUCUACCAGAAAACGGCGCCAAUGCUGAACAUAUUAUUUAGAUAAAAUAGAAAGACACUGCAAUUCAUUCAGACAAGAUAUAUUUACAAAAACAUAGAAUACAAAAUGCUUGGAAAGCGCACAUUCAUAAUACGAGCAACAAAACCAAAAAACGAACUAAUUCCAACUAGGGACAGAUGAGUAGUGAAUAUAUUUAUUUAUCAAAACUUCAAACGGACAGACAAAAUAAAUACCAAUAGAAAGAUUUCAU